AUGGCCGACGGUCAAACGGGUCAGGAUGAUGUCGGUAACCACGAGGGUUGGUCAUCUAGCCGUUUAAGAAGCGGAACGCAGGCUACAGUGCAGCCACCAGUACAGUCUACGGAGCAGCUAAAUACGCAGCCAACGACAAGCAUGUUACCACAAAGUUCUAACCAACCGUCCGGGAGUGUAACCACCGCCAGUGAUAGUGGAAUGCAAAAUGCAUUGUCAGCGCUGAUAGAGCAGAACCGAUUGUUGUUAUCGCGGAUAUUGCGUAAUGAAGACAAUAACAACAUAAACAACGAUAACAUACAAGCGCGGUCAACCUCCAACAACGGCUAUUACGUCAUGCCAGAUUUUAAUAAUUCGAUUAAUAUUUUUUCUGGUCGUGAAUCCAAUACAGAUGCGAGAGCAUGGUUGAAAUCAGUCGAAGGUGUAGCAAAAUUGCAUAAUUGGCCAGACAGUUUUAAAUUAGAAAUAGUACGUACAAAAUUGGAUGGUCCGUCCCAAAAUUGGUACAUUGGUCGUACAUUUUCAAGUUGGGGAAGUUUUGUCGACCAGUUUAAUAAUACAUUUGUGGGAAACGAGUCGUGCACAGUUGAUCGUAUAAGAAUUAUGUCAAACCGCGUUCAAGCCAAGGGCGAGUGCGUCAUAGAAUAUUUUCACCACAAAGCGCGCCUCUGCCGUGAAAUUUCGUUACCAUUUAACGAGACUAAACAACAGAUAGUUGAAGGUGUUUAUUCUCACGAUUUAUGUAACUAUUUGAUAGCGCGCACACAUUUAAGUGAAGACGAAUUAUUGGUUGAUAUAAAUUCUUACAAUAAUCUGAGAAAUGCCAGGACCAGUCGAAUUCGAUCGACCGAGCCUGUGAAGACAACUCAAAGUCAUACCGGCAAUCGAAAAGCCAGUUCUGACAAUCGCGAUAAAGAUCGAAAUACGGUACAACGUUCCACUAUUGAUUCAAGAAGUAAGCCAACAAGGGAUAUGUCGAAUGUCACGUGUUAUAGCUGUGGAAAAAUCGGACAUCUGGCGUCUUCGUGUCCAACGAGAACCUGUCAUAGCUGUAAAUCAACGGGUCAUUCAGCGCGGUACUGUCCAAGUCGCCAAGGUGAGCGUCAAGACAACAACGGUGGUGAGCAUGUUUCUGUUUUAGAACGGUCCCCCACACCUAUUGUACCCCCAUAUAUGUUAGAUGUUAGCAUUAAGUUCCCCAAUGGUGAAUCUAUCGAUGCACAAGCUUUAGUAGAUACGGGUAGCCCGGUUAGUCUCAUUAAAUCGACAGUUGUCCCAUUCGUGUCUGGGUUCAUGCCUCCAAAAUCGGAUUUAGUAGGUAUUAAUGGUUCUAAAUUAAACAUUGUAGAUCAAUUUGAUGCGGAUAUUUUCCAUGCCGACCUUGAUGCCCCGAUUAAUAUAUGUUUUCACGUGGUGUCUAGCAAUGCCAUGAGGAAUGAUUGCCUAUUGGGUCGUAAUUUUUUAUCUCACCCUAGAGUAAAUUUGAAUGUGUCGGAUGGUCGUUUUGAAGUAAGCUUUAAAAAAAUUGAUAAUAUACCAUUUGCUGAAAUUUUAUCUGUUAAUUACACUGAUCAUAAUAGCGAUGAUGCUGACAUUAGUUUGAAUAUUGAGGAUACUCUGUCGGAUGAUAUUAAAACAAAAAUUAAAAAAAUAUAUGACGAGUCCUAUGUUAAUCACGAAAGUGUCAUUAGUACGACUGACAAUUAUCGUCCAGAAAUACGCAUUAUACUAAAAAAUGACAAACAGUUUUAUUUUCGCCCCCGGCGCUUGUCUUUUUUUGAAAAAGACUGUCUACAAAAAAUGUUAGAUAAUAUGUUGAAUAAAGGUAUUAUUCGGCGAAGUAGUUCCGAAUACAGUAGCCCCAUAGUCCUGGUAAAGAAAAAAAACGGAGAGUUAAGAAUGUUUGUUGAGCUACCUGAGCUAAACUACAGAUGUCUAAACCAAGUAACAUGA